AUGGCGGGAACGAUCCAAACCCUAAUUCUCACUACUCAAUCCACCCAAACCCCGUCGUUCCGCCACCAGAGCCUAAAAUUUCCGGCAAUUCGUACCACUGCAUACUCCUCUCGCUCUGUCUAUUUCAAUCAUAGCCGUUCGAUUUCAUUUCCCCAUAGAAUCAGAGCUAACCAACGACCCGAUCAGGCAAAUGGCAAUGAAAGUGGAGGUGCAAAAGCUUUAAGGAAAUCCUUGUUGGAUUUUACAGAGAAUAAUUUUCUCCCCUUAGCACUUAUUGGUGGAGUAGUGUUAGGGCUUACAAAUCCUACUCUUGGUUGUUUAGCUGAUAAAUAUUAUUUGUCGAAAUUCAGCACGUUUGCGAUAUUUAUUACCUCGGGUUUGACAUUGCGAAAUGGGGAGAUCGGUGAUGCUAUAGAAGCUUGGCCUGUUGGAGUUCUUGGGCUUUGCUCUAUUUUAUUAUUUACACCAUUCUUCUCAAAGAUAAUUUUGCAAAUUCAACUCCAACCUCAGGAGUUUGUAACAGGUUUGGCUUUAUUUUGCUGUAUGCCGACUACUCUAUCGAGUGGAGUGGCUCUAACCCAGCGGUCUUCAUAUGCAGCUUGCUGGGGGAAUUCUGCGCUAGCUCUUGCGAUGACAGUGAUAUCAAAUCUUUUAGGAAUUUUGAUUGUAAGUUCCACUAACAAGAUUGAAGCUUGUAGUGAACCUGUCAUAUCCAAUGCUUCUCACUCAGUUCUUCUAGCCAGUGCUGAAUUUGAUCUUUAUGUCACUUCUCAGGUUCCAUUUUCUAUUUCCAGAUUCAUAGCUGCUGGAGUUGGUGUGUCUGUUCCAACCAAGCAACUGCUUAGAAGUCUUGUUAUCACACUUUUAAUUCCUCUUAUUUUGGGGAAGGUUUUUCGAGAAUCCUUCAAAAGUUUAGCAGAUUAUGUUGAUCAAAAUCGUAAGCUCUUUUCAAAGAUGAAUGCAAUUUUCCUUAGUUUAGUUCCAUUUAUACAAGUGAGCAGGUCGAGGUCAUUGCUUCUAAUGGUCAAGCCCUCUGUUUUUCUUGUUGCUAUUGGGAUGGGAGGGCUUUUGCAUCUCAUCCUCUUAGCUUUUAAUGCUCUCGCUAUACAAGGCCUCUCAGCUGUCUCUAGUACCAACCAUUUAGCUUCUGCCAAGGAAAAAAAUGCAGUUGCUUAUGUGCUUGUUGCAAGCCAGUGGUUUAUUUUGCAUUACUACGAUGCCUGUGAGAAAACUCUUCCUGUUAUGGUAGCAGUAGUAGAGCAGCUGGGUGGUGCGUUUGGUGAAUCUGGUUUGCUGGUUCUUCCUUGUGUUGCUGCACAUUUAAAUCAGGUUUUGCAUGUUUGA